GGCUCCUUCCUUCUGCUGGGACCCAACUGGUUCGCAGGCGCUGCUACACUGUCGCCAUCUGGGCUUCCUCCCAUGUAACCCUUGCUGCUGCUGCUGCUGCGGCGCUGCGCCAGGCCCUUAGCCUUAGCCUUCCUCGCCUUCCGGGCUCUUCUGGCCUGUUUUGGGGGGCCAUGGCGGAGUGGGGCCCAGCUCAGAUCCAGGAAUGGAACGUGGAAGCGCAGCACCUGAUGCCCCUCCAGCCCCCACUGGUCCCCGAACUGACCCACAUGAGGGAGGCCCAGCUGCACUCGGCGGAGGCCUCCCUCUGGAGCGUGGUGGCCACCGUCCAAGCCGUGGAGAGGAAGAUCGACCUGCUGGCCGCGCGGCUGCUCAGCCUGGAAGGGCGCUCCGGGAACGCCGAGAAGAAGCUGCUGGACUGCGAGAAGACCGCCAUGGAGUUCGGGAACCAGCUGGAGAGCAAGUGGGCCGUGCUGGGGACCCUCAUCCAGGAGUACGGUCUGCUCCAGAGGAGGCUGGAGAACAUGGAGAACCUGCUCAAGAACCGGAACUUCUGGGUCCUGCGACUGCCCCCCGGCGCCAAGGGAGAAAUCCCUAAGAUGCCAGUGACAUUUGUCGACAUCGCUGUGUAUUUCUCUGCCGAGGAAUGGAAGAACUUGGCCGAGUGGCAGAAAGACCUGUAUAACAACCUUGUCAAGGAGAACUACGAGUCCCUGCUAAGCCUAGGAGCAGAUGUCAGCGUUUCCAAGCCAGAGUCGCAUUCCAGGGUCGAACGGGGAGUGGAUCCCUGUGUUCCGGAGCAACAACAGACCGCCGCCAAAGAGCGAGAGAUCACCGCAGAUCCCUGUCCAGAACCCAUCAUGUCCACAACGGACAUCUUGACCCGCAUCAAGCAAGAGGAGCCCUUUCCGGGUGGAGGACAUUUCCCAGAGGAAAGGGGGAUCCCACCAGAUCCCUGUGCAGGUACCGAAGCUCUGAUGUCUGCGCAUGACUUUCUGUCCUGGAUUAAGCAAGAAGAGGAGCCCUGCGUCCGAGAGCAUUGGGAUCCGGCCGAGAGGGACAUCCUCACGGCCCCCGGCAACACUGGCGGCGCAAUGGCGGUCAAAGCGGAGCAGUCGCGUCCGUGUCCGGAAGAACCGGCGAGGCCCAGGGAGUCGAUGUUCCCGGGGGAACCCCCUCCGGCGGCCGGAGCAGCUAUGGACGCCUACGCCGGCCAGUGCGGCCCCGUCCCGCAGCCCCUGAGCCCGUCCCGGAGCAGACCGGCCAAACCCCUUGAGCUAGAGAGUGAGCUCCAGAGCAUCUUCGCCCCGCAAGGCCCUGCUGACCGGCCCCACGGCUGCAAUGAGUGCGGGAAGAUGUUUGGGGUGAAGAAGAGCCUGAAGGUCCACCAGCGGAGCCACCACGGCCAGGAGCGCCCGUACGAGUGCGCCGAGUGCCGGAAGAGCUUCAAUUGCCACUCAGGGCUCGUGCGGCACCAGAUGACCCACCGGGGCGAGCGGCCCUACAAGUGCGAGGAGUGCGGCAAGUGCUACAGCCGCAAGGAGCACCUCCAGAACCACCAGCGGCUCCACACCGGUGAGAGGCCCUUCCAGUGUCCCGUCUGCGGGAAGCGCUUCAUCCGGAAGCAGAACCUGCUGAAGCACCAGAGGAUCCACACGGGCGAGCGGCCCUACCAGUGCGCCGAGUGCGGGCGCAGCUUCCGCUACAAGGAGUCUCUCAAGGACCACCUCAGGACUCACAGCACCGAGCCCCCCGCCCAGCGACUCCUGCCGCCCUUGGGUGGGGACGCCGUCUCGUAGUGCGCAACGGGAUGCAGAAGCCUUUGCUGUUGGUUCCGUCUCCAUUAAAACUGAUCCCUUGUGUGCCCCUCCAGGUCCAGCGCCCCAAUUCCCCCUGACAUGGCGGACAGCCACUAAAGACGUCUGGAAAUGUGUGCAUGCAGGUGGCGGGGAGCAAGUCGUAACUUGAAUGCAAAGGCGGUCGGCUGGUCAUCAUGUACCAAAUAUGUAGGACCAGGUUGCUGUCAGUUCAGACAUCGUGGCCUCGGGCAAAACUGGACCAAAAACUAUAUCGGUUUUUCAGCGACUUGGGAUGGACACUGAAUUUUCCAAUUUCACAAAAGAAUGUUUCUCUCUCUCUCUCUCUUGGAGGGGAUUGUUGGAAAGCGUAUGUUUUAAACUAGGCUCACAAGCCAUAUUACUCCAAUUCCACCUUCUCACCUUAGGUAUAUAUGAACUGAUCAUGGUUUCCAGCCGUUUUGGAUGGAAUGAAUUUCAAGUUUGGGCAGGAUAUACUUUGUUAACUGUGGAAUGGCCACCCUUGGAUGGACCCUGGUUAAUAAUGGCGUCUCUCUCGCACCAUGUACAAGUAGGAAUGCUUCCUCUCCUUCCCUGGGCAUCCCAUUUGUGUUGCUCCCACACACUCCAUGGAGCAUUUUUGAGCCAUUGGCUUCCUCCUCUUUCCCUGCAGUGCCUCCUUCCUUUCCUGGUCUCCAGACCGUUUUGGCCGCAAGCACCUUCCCUGAUUCUCCUGAUCUCAAACCCCGCUCCCAACAAACACACCCGAAUCUUGCUUUUUCUCCCCUGCCUUAUGCAAAUAUAUUUAUUCGUUCUCCUCCCGUGACACUACUCUCCUUUUGAAAAGCCCUUUUAUUUCAUGAAGAUGCAAUCCAGCUCUUUUUUAAAAAAUAAUUUUUUAACAAAAUAAACACAAAAUUCUUUCCCGGCGUCUUUUUGAA